AUGGCCACUGACACAUCCACGUUUGGCUCCCGCACGGCUCGGCGGCCCCAAGACCUGCUCUGCCUGGGCUUCUCAUUGGUGGCAUUUCUCAAGUUUGUCCCCUCUCAAGUCUGCCCCAUCCGGAAAACCAAACACCUCUCUCUCCUACAUGGAAACCCCCGUCAGCACCUCGUCCUGACUCACAGGGCAUCCCGUCAACAUCACAGUCCUGACCUUCCCACACAGACAAGCUCAUGGGACCCCGUGAUGGACCAGGACAGCGCCAGCACUAAGACGUGCCCUGAAACUCACAGGAAGAGCGGACCAAGAAGAUGGGAACAGCACGGGGCACUGCGAGCUGCAAACGCCCACGAUACUGUGAGAGAUGGAGAAAGGCCGGAAACCGACGGUCUCUCCCGCUCACUAGAGGCCGGAGGCCCCGGGCCGCUCCCGCCCACCUCAGCGGAUGAGCGCCGCCCCUUGGAUCCCAUUUCCUGUGGUCUGGACGUUCAGGCCCUCUCGGGCCCGCCCCAUCUCGGUCGGGGAGCGCGGGACCUCCGUGUCCACCCAGCGGCAACGUCCGCGGGUCCGCUUUGCGCAGGCGCGGCGCCCCCGCCCCUUAGACCCUGGCCCGGCGUGGCGUGGUGCGCAGGCGCGGUGUCCCCCAAUACCGCCCCCCCCUCCCUGACCCGGGCGUGGUGCGCGGGUCGAGUCCCCCCCGCGCCACAAGCUCUAACCCCGUGUGGUGCGCAGGCGCAGUCUGCGCAGGGACUGCGGGACUGCGCGGCGGCGACUACCGACAUAUCGGGGGUUCGGGGCCUGUCGCGCCUGCUAAGCGCUUGGCGCCUGGCGCUGGCCAAGGCGUGGCCAACAGUGUUGCAAACAGGAACCUGAGGUUUUCACUUCACUGUUGAAGGAACACGAGGGCAUCUGCUAAAGUUUUCAGAUUCCAUUUCUGCUCAGUAUCCAGUAGUGGAUCAUGAAUUUGAUGCAGUGGUGGUACGCGCUGGAGGGGCAGGCUUGCGAGCUGCAUUUGGCCUUUCCGAGGCAGGGUUUAAUACGGCAUGUGUUACAAAGCUGUUUCCUACCAGGUCACACACUGUUGCAGCGCAGGUUGGAAUCAAUGCUGCUCUGGGGAACAUGGAGGGGGACAACUGGAGGUGGCAUUUCUACGACACCGUGAAGGGCUCCGACUGGCUGGGGGACCAGGAUGCCAUCCACUACAUGACGGAGCAGGCCCCCACUGCCAUGGUCGAGGUGAUGUGCGGGAGGCUGUGGGUGCUCUCGUGGUCUGUUUCUAAGCUAGAAAAUUGUGCCAUGCCGUUUAACAGCACUGAAGAUGGGAAGAUUUAUCAGCAUGCAUUUGGUGGACAGAGCCUCAGGUUUGGAAAGGGCGGGCAGGCCCAUCGGUGCUGCUGUGUGGCUGAUCGGACCGGCCACUCAAUAUUGCACACCUUAUAUGGGAGGCAGUCAAGGCGAAAGGUUUAUGGAGCGAUACGCCCCCGUCGCGAAGGACCUGGCACCUCGAGAUGUGGUGUGUCCGUCAAUGACUGGAGAUCUGCGAAGGACGGUGCGCGUGAUUUGCUACCAGCAUUGUCUGAGCGGGCACUCAGGCCGGGGUUGCUUCUAGGCUGUGGCCCUGAGAAAGAUCAUGUCUACCUGCAGCUGCACCACCUACCUCCAGAGCAGCCGGCCACGUGCCUGCCCGGCUUUUCAGAGACAGCCAUGAUCUUCACUGGCGUGGACGUCACGAAGGAGCCGAUCCAUGUCCUCCCAACCGUGCAUUAUAACAUGGGCGGCAUUCCCACCAGCUACAAGGGGCAGGUCCUGAGGCACGCGAAUGGCCAGGAUCAGAUUGUGCGCCUGUACACCUGUGGGGAGGCUGCCUGUGCCUCGGUACAUGGUGCCAACCGCCUCGGGGCAAACUCGCUGUUGGACCUGGUUGUUGGUCAGGCAUGUGCCCUGAGUAUGAAAGAGUCAUGCAGAUCUAGAGAUAAAGUCCCUCCAAUUAAACCAAAUGCUGGGGAAGAAUCUGUCACGAAUCUUGAGAAAUUGAGAUUUGCUGAUGGAAGAAGCAUAAGAACAUGGGAACUGUGACUCAGCAUGCAGAAGUCAAUGCAAAAUCAUGCUGCUGUGUUCCGUGUGGGAAGCGUGUUGCAAGAAGGUUGUGGGAAAAUCAGCAAGCUCUACAGAGACCUGAAGCACCUGCAGAUGUUUGACUGGGGAAUGGUCUGGAACACAGACCUGGUGGAGAACCUGGAGCUGCAGAACCUGAUGCUGUGUGCACUGCAGACCAUCAAUGGAGCAGAGGCGCAGAAGGAGUCACGGGGCGCGCACGCCAGGGAAGAAUACAAGGUGUGGAUUAAUGAGUACGAUCACUCCAAGCCCAUCCAGGGGCAACAGAAGAAGCCCUUUGAGGAGCACUGGAGGAAGCACACCCUGUCCUAUGUGGACUUCAGCACUGGGAAGGUCACCCUGGAAUAUAGACCCGUAAUUGACAAAACUUUGAAUGAGGCUGACUGUGCCGCCGUCCCCCCAGCCAUUCGCUCCUGCUGAUGAGACAAGAUGCGGUGAUGACAGAAUCAGCUUUUGUAAUUAUGUAUAAUAGCUCAUGUAUGUGUCCAUGUCAUGCUUCUGCACUCCGGGGAAGAAGGAGUACAUUGAGGGGAGAUUGGCACCCAGUGGCCGGGAGCUUGCCAGGAACCCAGUGGCCAGGGAGCGUGGCACUUACUUUUGUCCCUUGCUUCAUUCUUGUGACACGAUAAAACUGGGCACAGCUCUUAAAUAAAAUAUAAAUGAACAAACUUUCUUUUAUUUCCAAAUCCAUUUAAAAUAUUUUACUGUUGUGACUUGUCAUAUUUGUUGACCUAAAAAUCAAAUGUAAUUAUCUUUGUAUUCUGUCACAUCAAAAUCCAGAUAUUUUGUUGCAGUUUCUUUUUUUUUUUGAGACAGGAUCGGUGCAGUGGUGCAGUCUCAGCUCACUGCAGCCUCAAACUCCUGGGCAGCUCAAGUGAUCUUCCCAACUCAGCCUUCUGAGUAGUUGGGGAUACAGGUGUGUGGCACCAUGCCCAGCUCAUUUGUUUUUUAAUUGUAGGGACAGGGUCUCACUGUGUUGCCUAGGCUGGUCUCAAACUCCUGGGCUCAAGUGAUCGUCCCUCCUCGGCCUCCCGAAGUGCCGGAAUUAUAGGUGUGAACCACCAUGCCUGGCCUUGUAGUUUAUUUCUAAGUUCAAAUUAAUGUUGGUGCCUUUCCUCCUUUUUGUUGGCAGAUGGUUUACUAGGUGAGUGUGUCCUCGAUUAUUUAAAUCAGGGGUCCCCAAUCCCCAGGCCACAGAUUGUUACCAGUCCAUGGCCUGUUAGGAACCAGGCCACACAGUAGGAGGUGAGCAGCCGGCCAGUGAGCAUUACUGUGUGAGCUCCACCCCCUGUCAGAGCAUUACUGUGUGAGCUCCGCCCCCUGCCAGAUCAUUACUGUGUGAGCUCCGCCCCCUGCCAGAGCAUUACUGUGUGAGCUCCGCCCCCUGCCAGAUCAUUACUGUGUGAGCUCUGCUCCCUUCCAGAGCAUUACUGUGUGCAAGCUCCGCCUCCUGUCAUCAUUACUGUGUGAGCCCCGCCCCCAUGAGAUCAUUACUGAGCUCCGCCCCCUUCCAGAGCAUUACUGUGUGAGGUCCGCCUCUGCCAGAGCAUUACUGUGUGAGCUCUGUCCCCUGCCAGAGCAUUACUGUGUGAGCUCCUCCCCCUGCCAGAGCUUUACUGUGUGAGCUCCACCCCCUGCCAUAGCAUUACUGUGUGAGCUCUACCCCCUGCCAGAGCAUUACUGUGUGAGCUCCGCCUCUGCCAGAGCUUUACUGUGAGCUCUGUCCCCUGCCAGAACAUUAGUGUGUGAGCUCAGCUCCCUGUCAUCAUUACUGUGUGAGCUCCGCCCCCUGUCAGAUCAUUACUGUGUGAGCUCCGCCCCCGUUACGUCAUUACUGUCUGAGCUCCGCCUCCUGUCAGAGCAUUACUGUGUGAGCUCCGCUCCCUGUCAGAGCAUUACUGUGUGAGCUCCGCCCCCAUCACAUCCUUACUGUCUGAGCUCCGCCUCCUGUCAGAGCAUUACUGUGUGAGCUCCGCUCCCUGUCAGAUCAUUACUGUGUGAGCUCCGCCCCCUGUCAGAUCAGUGGUGGCAUUAAAUUCUCAGGAGUGGAACCCUAUUGUGAACUGUGCAUGCGAAGGAUCUAGGUUAUGCCCCACUUAGGAGAAUCUAAUGCUGAUGAUCUGAGGUGGAACUGUUUCAUCUCCAAACCAUCCCCACACUUGUCAGUGGAAAAAGUGUCUUCCAUGAAACCAGUCCAUCGUGCCAAAAAUGUUAGGGAUCGCCAGUUUAAAUAACCAAAUGCUAAAAGAACUGGUAUAGAAGUAAAUGGGCUGCUGCUUUAUUUUUAGGCUGUUGUUUUUAGAGAACAAUGACAGUUAUUUCCAAGUUUGUCAUUAGAAAAUAAUAUUAGGUUGGAGCAAAAGUAAUUGCGGUUUUUGCUAUUGCUUUCAAUGGUAAAAGCCACAAUUACUUUUGCACCAACUUAAUAUGAUACAUUUGUAAGUGUAUUUUUGAUAAGAAAAACUUUUUGUUUUUCCUUCUAUUAAUUUUUUGGUUUUUUCUUGGUAGAGACAGAGUCUUGCCGUGCUGUCCAGGCUGGAGUGCAGUGGUGUGAUCUCGGCUCACUGCAACCUCCACCUCCCGGGCUCCAGCAAUCUUCCCACCUCAGCCUCCCUAGGAGCUGAGACUACAGGUGUGAGCCACCAUGCCUGGCUAAUUUUUAGAGACAGGGUUUCACCAUCUUGCCCAGGCUGGUCUCAAACUCCUGGGCUCAAGGAGUCCUCCUGCCUCAGCCUCCCAGAGUAUUGGGAUUAUAGGUGUGAGCCACUGCCAGAAAAACGUUUCCUAAGACAAGGCAGGUCUUACAUUAUAUUUAAAUUUUUUUUUUUAAUGAUGUCUUUUUUGGCAGUGCACAGCCGGAGAACAACACAUCACACACAGGGAACAGUUGUGCUCAUGUGAUGGGGGCCUCAGCACUAGGAAGGAGUGGACUAUUGGCGCAUGUAGCAGCUUGAAUAAAUCUGAAAGUCACUACACUGCGUAAGAGAAGCCAAAUAAAAAAGUUCAUGCUGUGUACAGAGGGUGUUGAGAAUGCCUCCUACAUGACAGAAAGCAGAUUCGUGGUUCCCUGCAGACCGGCAGGAGCAGAUUCCAAAGGCACAGGAAGAAGCUUGCAGGUAGAAUGUGUUCAUUACCUUCUGUGCAUUACACCACAAAAAAACUGGUAAUAAAAAUGCUAACCAAAAAAAAA